AUGGCUAAAAGUACUCUUUUAUUCGCAGGACCUGGUUGUUCUUCCAUUGGCUACGGAGAGGCAGAGGAAUUAGGGCCCUUUCUCACGCAGAAGGAUGUGUCAGAGCUGAUGCUCAACCAACAAUCCUGGAACAAAGAGGCCAACUUGCUCUUCAUCGAGGCCCCUGUCGGAGUAGGAUUUUCUUACACGAACACAAGCUCCGACUUGAACAAUAUCGGAGAUAAGUUCACUGCUGAAGACUCUUACAUCUUCCUCCUCAACUGGUUCAAGAGAUUCCCCCAGUUCAAAUCUCACGACUUUUUCAUCGCCGGAGAAAGCUACGCGGGGCACUACGUACCGCAACUCUCCGAGAAAAUCUUCGACGAAAACAAACGUGCUUCGCCGGAGGAUUUCAUCAACUUCAAGGGCUUCAUGAUCGGGAACGCCUUGCUGGACGACGACACGGAUCAAACCGGCAUGAUCGACUACGCCUGGGACCACGCAGUCAUCUCCGACCAAGUGUACCACGACGUGAAGAGCAACUGCAACUUCAGCGACGAGAACUCGACGGACGCCUGCAAUGCGGCCCUCGACGCGUACUAUGCCGUUUACGACAUCAUCGACAUGUACAGUCUGUAUGCGCCGGUCUGCCUCGACUCCGCCGCCAGCGCCUCGGGGAUCUCCACCAAGAAUGGCCAUUUCAUCAGCGGAGUCGCCCCUAAACUCGCCUCCAGACACAGCCAAUGGCAUCAGAAGCCGACAGGGUACGAUCCUUGCGCGUAUUAUUACACCGAAGCGUACUUCAACAGGGGAGACGUGCAGGAAGCUUUGCAUGCCAAUGUAUCUGGGAGCAUCCCUUACAAUUGGACUCACUGCAGUGACGUGAUCAACUAUUGGAACGAUUCUCCUGCAUCCAUUCUUCCGGUCAUCCGCAAGCUCGUGGACGGAGGCGUCAGGGUUUGGGUUUACAGCGGCGACGCCGAUGGCAGGAUUCCGGUGACGGCCACGCGGUACACGCUCAGAAAGCUCGGCCUCAAAACGGUGCAAGAGUGGACGCCGUGGUACGAUCGACAAGAGGUCGGCGGAUGGAGGAUCGUGUACGAUCAAGGGCUCACCUUCGUCACCAUCCGGGGCGCCGGCCACGAGGUUCCGACGUUUGCGCCGAGGCAGGCACGGCAGCUCGUUCGCGCCUUCUUGGCUAACAAACAGUUGCCUUCUUCCCCCUUUUAG